AUGUUUUAGUGGUCGAACCAAGAUUCAAACUUAGGUCUCUACCACAAAUUCAACGCUCUUUCUUAUAGUGCGGCUCCACUGGCAGGACCAGACAUAACCGUGAAACCUGGAGCUGCCCUGGCUCCCUUCGCUGCACUUCCCUUCCCCCAGUCUGCCCCCGGCCCACCUGCCCAGCCACCCUGGGGGCUGCCCUCACGGGCCCCCGCACCUUUAGCCUUUUCUCCAGGCAACCCUCUGGUGCUCUCUGCUUUCCCCAGCUCAUUGUUGGUGACAGGGGAUGGGGGCCCUGGCCCCAGUGGAGCUGGAGCUGGAGCUGGCAAGGUCAUCGUCAAAGUCAAGACGGAAGCGGGGCCAGCUGAGUCCUCUCAAACUCAGAACUUUAUCCUCACUCAGACCGCCCUCAAUUGGAUUGCCUCCGGCGCUCCCUGCGGGGGCCCCGAGGGUCCUGCCCCUGGAUGCCUGACAGCCUCUAACGUGAAGACCCUUCUGCCCGCUCAGGCUGUUGGGGUGACCCCAGAGGGCCUCCCAGGCCUUCCUGCUCAGGCUCCACCGCCGGCUGCCCAACUGGCCCCCACUGCAUCCCCGGAAAAGGCUUGGCCAGGGCCACAUGGGGCACCUGAGGAAGGAGGUCCUGCAGCCGCCCGAUCCGAGCCCUCCCUGGGUGACCUCUCCUAUGCCUCCAAGGGUGUUUAUGAGAACUUCCGACGCUGGCAGCACUACAAAGCCUUGGCACGCAGGCACUUACCCCAAAGCCCUGAUGCAGAGGCCCUUUCCUGCUUCCUUAUCCCAGUGCUUCGUUCCCUGGCCCGGCGGAAGCCCACGAUGACCCUGGAGGAGGGACUGCCAAGGGCUGUACAGGAGUGGGAGCGGACCAGCAACUUUGACCGGAUGACCUUCUAUGAGAUGGCAGAAAAGUUCAUGGAGUUUGAGACCGAGGAGGAGAUGCAGAUUCAGAACACACAGCUGAUGAAUGGGCUCCAGGGCCUGCCUCCUGCAGCCCCCCUGAAACCUGAUCCUCCAGGGCCCCUGGCCCCAGAGGUUUGCCAGCAGCCAGUGUACAUUCCCAAGAAGGCUGCCUCCAAGGCCCGGGCCCCCCGCCGGCGGCAGCGCAAAACCCAGAGGCCUCCGGCCCCUGAGGCACCCAAGGAGAUCCCAGCAGAGGCUGUGAAGGAGUACUCUGACAUCAUGGAAGAGCUGGUGGCGAGUCACUUGGCCCCUGAGGAGUCAGAUGGAAAACAGGAAGAGGAAGAAGGGCAACUGCAGGAGGAAGGGCUGUAUCCAGACGCAGGUCUCCUGAGCUACAUCGAUGAGCUGUGUUCUCAGGAGGUCUUUGUCUCCAAGGUGGAGGCCGUCAUUCACCCUCAAUUUUUGGCAGAUCUCCUGUCCCCAGAACAACAGAGGGAUCCCUUGGCCUUAACUGAGGAGCUGGAGCAAGAAGAAGGACUCAGUCUUGCCCAGCUGGUCCAGAAGCGACUCCUGGCUUUGGAAGAGGAGGAUGCAGAGGCACCUCCAAGUUGCAGUGGCACUCAACUGGACUCAAGUCCCUCUGUUUCUGAUGAGGAUGAAGAAGGGGGUGGGCGGCUUCGGCCCUCCCCUGGGCCUCGGGUGGCUGGGGGCACCAUUCGCCUUGGAAAGGCUGCUUCUCCGGGAAAGCGGGCAAGAGAAGUGCCUGGAGGGCAGGAGCGGGCCCUAGGUGGCCUGAGGCGGCUGUGCAGGGACGGGAACCCUCUGCCAUCCCCCAGUGGCUGGGACCUGCAGCUAGAACUUGCAGCUCCACAGGGAACUCGCGGGCCCCUGGGUAGGGAGAGAAGAGGGUCUGGGAAGGUUACAGGCCAGAUAUCAUCUCAUGUGGAUGACCACCUGGGAGGUGCUGGGUCCCCUGGGCGCUCCCUGGUGGCUGACAGGGCUUCUGAAGCUCUGCCCCUCUGCUGGCAGGAAGGCCCGCAGCUCGAGAUAGUUCCCCAUUUGGAUGUUGGCCUUUCAGAGCUGACUCCUCUGCAAGGACAGGGGUUGGGGAAGCAGGCCCUGGGGCUGCAGACAGGACAACAGAUAGGGAACCUUGGAGCAGCUCCUCAGGAGGAGCCACUGGCAGUGCCCCAGGAAGGCUCUCCAGGGGCCAUGUGGGGAGAUGACAGAGGUCCUCCCACGGUUCAGAGUUACGAUCAGGACCCUUCCCCUAGAGCAGCUGGGGACAGGGAUGGGGCUGGGGCCUCUCUCAGUCCAGGGCUUUGGCUGAGCAAUGUAAUAGACACUGUAGGCCUGGAGUUGCCCUUACAAAUCGAGGAGGUCAUAGAGAGCUUCCAUGAUGGGGAGUGUGUAACUGAGCACCAGCGGGGCUGCCAGGCAUUGGGCCCCAGAAGCAGCAUUUCUCUGGGUCCCGGAGAAACCACAGCACCGGGGGGCGUGGGGAGCAGUGCGGUUCCCUGUGGGAGCACAGAUGCCCCAUUGGCUUUAGAAAAGACAAACUACUGCAGCUUGUUGGGACCUCUGAGGGCCAACAGCUCGGCCUCGCAGCCUAAAGUAAACAGAGGACAGAGCCCUGAGACCAUUCAGGAUCCCAGUGAUCUGUGGGCUGGGGCUUGCCCCCUGUUGCUGGAAAGCAGCAUUGAUGCCUCCACACGGGGGGCUUCCAAAGAAGCUCCCCUGCCUGCAAGUCAAGGCAACAUCCUUAUCCUGGGGCCCCAGGGUACCUCCUCCUUCCCCAAGGCCAGCCCAGAGGCAGGGGGCAGAGACAGUUCCAUUUCUCCUCUGGUGGAAGCCACCAAAUGUGGCAACACACUCAGUGUUAGAGAUGCCUGUGGCCUCCAGCUUGGGGCUGCUGAAGACGCCUGCCCACUAGGUUUUCAUCCUUAUGACCCCCAGGGAGAGGCCAGGGAGGAUACUGAUUUGUCUGAGCCUAAAGACCUUGCUUCCUUACCAGCCAAUCGAGAGUCUUAUGCACACAGAACCCCCAAAUCAACACCUCCUCCCCAGGGUCUUAGAAGCGCUUCCCCUAGAAGAGGAACCAGGGAUGCCUUAAUUGUGAGAGAAGCCCCUCCUGUCAGUGGAACAGGCAGUUCAGCAGAUGGGGCCAAAGGAGAGGAGGAGGAUGAAGAACUCUCCAAUUUUGCCUACCUCUUGGCCUCUAAACUUAGCCUCUCGCCAAGGAGGGGUCAUGGCUCUGCCUCAGGCCUGCUCUCAGGGGGCCGGAGGGGCCACAGAGCACCCCCCUCCCCGACUCCUGAGGCGAGAGGCCUUGGCCAGCCUCCAAAUCCAGUUGCCAAGUCUGGGAAGCAAGCUGUAGUUGGAGGUCCAGCCCCGGCUGAAAAGAAGCCUUUCUCGGGGGCUGACCUUGGGGCGCCUGGGGAGAAACCUCUGGCCCUGGGAGCGGUUCGCGCCUCACAGCCUCGUAAGAGAAGGCGUGAUAGCUUCGUCACGGGCAGGAGGAAGAAACAACGUCGCAGCCAGUAGGGAGCUGUGGGCCCCAUCCUGUUCCACCUGCCAAUCCUUGAAGGUGGGGCCCAGAGUAGAUUUCACCCACAGACAUUCCUCCUCGGCCCUAUGCUGUUUGUUGUUCUGCCAAAGUGGCGAGUGU